AUGCGGACAAACUUUCGAAAGCUUUGUGCGACCCUACGCCUUCACCAGCAGGACACAAAACCGGUGCAAGAACAAGACCCGAUUCAGAAGUCUAUCCAAAUCGCAGACAAAGCUACCGUGGAGAAACACCACAAGGACGCCAUAAAAUUGUUCCCAAACCAGGAGGAAUGGAUCUCCAGGAUUCUACCCAACGACAAGGAAUUACCCAAAACUGCUAGGGCAAAGGAUAUCUGGGAAAUGAUUCAGAGAGCACGGAAUCCAGUGGCCGAUGGAAGUACUUUGAGCAAGGAGGCGUCGAAGACCAAGGAAACAUCGAAGAUCAAGGAACCGUCGAAGAUCAAGGGAGAAGGCUGGCUUCUGCGUCAUCUGUUUGUGGCAUUCAUACCGACAAGCGGGGAGGCGACCGAGGCGCUGGUAACGCUUCAUCGUGCAGGGCUCAUUUCGCGGACAAUUCUUUCGGAUUAUAUGCCCCGUGGUGUAAAUAGUAUACCCGUCGAGACCCAGUUGCUUUCCGAUGACUGA